AUGUCGUCCGACAGAAGGCGAGCGGAAAUCGAGGCAAAGCGAGCCAAGCUUGCUGAGCUACGGCAAGCAAGAAUCAAUAGACAAAAUGAACGGAAAACCUCGGAUCGAGAGCAGGGAUCUGGCACUGGAACCAGCACUCCACGUCGGUUAGGUGACGUUGACGAUAUCCUCAAUAAUCUCCUGCGCGACAACCGGGGAACAGGAGGGGACAGUGGCGACCUAACACCCGGAUCGUCAAUACCUGGUACACCGUCUCUUGGCCAGCCAAAUCUCCCAGCAUCAGUUUCAGGGCGUGCUAGCCGUGCCAGCGACUUUUCAUCCAGUAUAGUGACGACUUUGCCUCCGUCGCAGAGCUCUGCCACCGACAACGUUAUAGAUCGCAGAGAAAUCACCCCUCGGUUCAUACCCGAUCUCAUUGAUGUGGAACAAGAACUUUUCGAAUUACCUCGAAAGGAACGCGUAAUAUACAGCAAGUCUGUACAGACAGUGGAAGUGGAGACGGCGCCUUCACCUAUGUUUGAAGAGGAAUUACGGCAGCGCGUGCUUAAAGAAAGGGAAACAAACGCGGAGGAAGCAUUGGAUAAAGAAUUAGAGGCAGAGAGUGUCAAACUAGACGAAGAGAUUGAGCAGGAGAUUCAGGAGAUACCACCUGAGGAGCUCGCCGGAAUUCUUGCUGCACCCGAACUUCUUGAAUUUGUGGAUCGAACUACCAAAAUAUUCCACCGAGCCUUGAAUGACCAUUACGAUUAUAUCCGCGACUACAGAAUUGGUACCGAAACGGGGGGCAGGGAUGAGUCCGAAGGACGUGUCAAGCGAGUCUGCGAAUUCUGGGACGAACGCUACGGAAAAAAUCGAUCUAUCACUGAUGUUGACUGGUCCCCGCAGUAUCCGGAGCUGAGUGUGGCUUCUUACAACAAGAAUCCCGCUGCAUUGAACGAGCCUGAUGGUAUCGUUGCCGUAUGGAAUCUACAUCUACUCGAACGGCCAGAAUUUGUCUUUCAUUCUCAAUCUGACGUCCUGUCUGUUACAUUCUCCCCCUUCCAUUCGAAUCUCGUUUUUGGUGGCACGUAUUCCGGUCAGAUCUUGCUGUGGGACAACCGAUCCAAACACCUACCAGUCCUGAAGACACCGUUGUCGGCUGCCGGGCACACUCAUCCCGUAUAUUCUAUGCAAAUGGUUGGAACCCAGAAUGCCCAUAACUUGAUCACAUGUAGUACGGAUGGCACUGUCUGCAGCUGGCUGGUUGACAUGCUGGCGCAGCCUCAGGAAACCUUGGAGCUUAUCCACGCUGGGCAUAAUAAAACCGGAGAGGUUGCUGUGACGACGUUAGACUUUCCCGACAACGAAACAACCACAUUUUGGGUAGGCACAGAAGAAGGCAAUGUGUACCAAGCUAAUCGGUAUGACCGAGCUGGCGCAAAGGCGGGUCUGAACCAAUACGACGUGUACAAAGGCCAUGCCGGCCCCAUCAUAGGCCUCCAUUUCCAUCCACUCAUAGGCUCGGUAGAUUUUUCUGAUCUAUUCUUGACAAGUAGUGUGGACUGGACUGUGAAAUUAUGGAGGGCCAAAUCUCUAACCAAACCAUCGACAAGUCCACACGUCAUUUCUCCGCUUUAUUCCUUCGAUGAAGCAGAUGACUAUGUGUACGAUGUGAAGUGGCAUCCAACACAUCCGGCACUCUUUGGAACAGUAGAUGGUGCUGGGAAAUUUGAUUUGUGGAAUCUAAAUGCGAAUACUGAGGUUCCGUUCGAUUCGACCACGGUUGGAUCUGGGCGCGCUAUCAACAAGCUCCAAUGGGAUCAUAAGGAUGGCAGACGUGUUGCCUUGGGAGGUAGCGAUGGCAAGCUUUAUGUGUAUGACAUCGGGGACAUAGCUUUGCCGAAGGAGUCGGAGUGGAAUGAGCUGCAGAAGACUAUCACGGGUAUCUCAGGUGGCGGUCAGGCGAAUGGGUCGCAGAUGGAGAAUCUCUGA